CAUAAAGUUAACGUUAAGACUCUACUUGAAAAAUACACAAAACUAUAGGGUAGUAUUUUGUAAUUUCCCAAAAAAUAAUAUAUUUCAUACUCAGAAAAUUUUAAUUAUUUUUUAAUAUAUAAAAAAUAAAUCUCACAUAAGGCCCACAGUAUAUCCGCCUCAAGGCCCUCAAUUGGAUUUUGCGAUUCACAGCGAAGGGAAGAAGCGGAAGAAGUAAAAGCCCUAAUCUACUUUCUCAUAUUUUCUUCCUCUUUAAACAUGUCACGACGAGAACGAGAUGCUCGCGAUUCCGAUUCUAGACGACACCGUUCAGGCUUCGACAGAGAACCCAGUCCCAAGAGGUCUAGGAGGGAUGGAAAACCAGUGACAGAGAGAGUUCCUAGCAACACCAACUUGGAUGUUGAAGAUCAUGCAGAUCGGGAUCAAAAGCAUCGCAGGCGGCUGCAAGAUGCAUUACCUCUUGAGGCUCCUUCAGCACCUGAUUCCAAGGUAGAGUCUGGUGCUGUCAGCAAGGAAUCUGACAAGAAACCCAAUGGACAUCAUGAAGGAAGCAAGCAUUCUGAUCCAACUGAAGUACCUCGGUCUCGAUCUUAUUUUCAGCACGAUGAGCGUGGUAAUGCCGCGCAAGUUGGUCGAAACUUUGGUCGGAGAGCAGCUACUGAGCGUCAAUGGAGGGAUUCAAAGGAUGUCGGAAAUGAAAGAGCAAUGGACAAGUCAUCAAGUUAUGAUUCACGGCAAAGGGAUGAGAAAGCACAAGCUAAAGGGGGUGACAAUGUCUGGCGCCAUGAUGGUUUCUUCAAAAUGGAGGCUGAACCAGCACCACCUGUGAGGAAAAGACCUGCAUUUAGGGAGACAAAAAUUCCAGUGGACUCUGAAAAUGCUGAGAAAGCAGCUAGUGAGCCCUUGAGACUGGGUCAUCCUGAUCGUCACACAUUGGUGAGUGAAAGGAGGGAGGAAAGAGAUCGUAACCCCCGCCAUUCUGACAGAUAUGAGAGGCCAGUGUUAGGAGACAAGAAAGAACCACAGAGGGGUAGCCUCCUUUCAAGGGAAAGAUACACUAGUGGUGGUGGCGGCGGCAAUUACAGGGGAAGAGAGAGAUCUAGCGGAAGGCAAGUUUAUCGCCCAAGUGGUGCUCGAGUAGAAAAAUGGAAGCAUGAUUUGUAUGAUGAGGCUAAUAGGAGUCCAACCACAAAGAAUGAGGAGGAUCAGAUUGCAAAAAUUGAGGAACUCUUGGCUUCAUAGCUACAAGGAUGGAGUUCUUGAUCUGCAUAAUGUGGUCUGUCUGGUUCAUUUAGAACUGAGGGAAAGUUUUAUAUUUACCAUUUGAUAUUUUGGCUUUUCUAAGACAUUUUGAGCACGGGGUUGGAAUUGGAAUCCCUUGUGUUUGUGACUUCAAUUUCCAUCAUUGAAUUGGCGUAUCUGCAUAGUAACAUUAAAUUUACUAUUUGCUUUGAGGUAUUUCACAUA